CGGAAACGAUGGUCAUGCGUGCCGUGCUCGUGUAUUUGAUAGUUGCAAACGCAGCUCGUCCCUACCGGUCCCUACCGGUUGUCCUCUAAUCUAAUCUGCUCCUGUUCUUUUCGUACAUUUUUAGACUGACUGUUGGCUAUGAUGCGAGCAUCAUGACGGAUAAUAACAUCAAGCGGUCGGCGGCAGCAGCACGUCGGGACUGGAGCAUCAGUUCAGAAGCAUGCAAUAAUGGCCAACCAUGAUCAGCUGUAGUGCUGGGCAGGAGGAUGACCGAGAGAGGAAACCAUGGAGAAAUACUUUCCCAAAUAUGUCCCAUUCUUCAGUCUGCUGGCUUUGUCAGUACUCUUGUUCCUGCUGUGGAAUAUCACCUCAUUGGAAAGCUGGAACUGUCAGACAGUAUCUACCUUCUAUCAGCUUCAGAACAGCAUCCAGUCAGUAUUGAAGACCUCUGAAUUUCUUCUACCAGUAGAGUUUAACUACUCCUUCUGUGCCCACCUCGGCCAGGAGCCCACUGCAGAGGAAGCCAGGGAGGAGAGCUAUCUUCUCAAAUCCAUCGCCUGGCCAGAGCCAUUGGUCCUGGGACUGCCGUUACGUCAAAGUAGUGAUCCUGCACAGAGCUAUUAUACGAUCCAAGACCCUGGAGAUCUGCAGGUGGGUGGGCAACUGAUAGUGAAGGUGCAGAUGCACAACUUUUUGGGUCAGCCCAAAAAACAUGGAGGAGACUUUCUAGUUGCGCGACUCCACACGCCAGAACUUGCGGCAGGCGUGGCUGGCCAGGUACAUGACCACAACAAUGGAAACUACACAGUAUUUUUCCCGCUGCUUUGGGCAGGUGUUGCCCAGGUGGAACUGACCAUGAUUCACUCCAGCGAAGCCGUGAUGGUCCUCAGACGACUGAGAGCGGAACAAUCAGACAGAGUGUUCUUCAAGAGCCUCUUCCGUUCAGGUUACCUCUCGGAGACCACUCUGUGUAAUUUGUGUUUGCCGCACAAACAGCAGUCACUUUGCAACUUCACAGAUCCCCAGACUGGAGAACCCUGGUUCUGUUAUAAGCCCAAGAUGUUGGACUGUGAUACACGGAUUAACCACUCAAAAGGGGGGUAUAAGAAACACCUUCUCACUGUUUAUGAGUCACAGUUCUUCCAAAGUGGAGUAAAUAUCAAAAUUCCAAUACAUUCUGCAGGGGUGGACAAUGUGACUGUUCAACCUGCUAAAGUGCGAACCAAAGGAAUGCACCUUGAAUUCACUCCUUCCGGGUACUACUACCAGGGAUCAUGGAGACCUUUGAAUGGUGUCAUCAUGCAUCAGUUUAAUGCCUCUUCAGUCAUAGCACAGUGUCUUCGAGGGAAAAUGGUGUACAUGUAUGGAGACUCCACUGUGCGACAGUGGUACGAGUAUCUCAUUGCCCAUGUUCCAGAGUUUAAGGAAUUCAACUUUCAUAGCCCGAAGAAUGUUGGCCCGUACAUGGCAAUGGACAGCAAUCACAACAUAUUAUUAAGAUACCGCUGCCAUGGGCCACCGAUCCGCUUCACAUCCGUGUCCUCGGCUGAGAUGCACUACAUCUCAAAUGAGCUGGAUGGCUUACGAGGGGGCUCGGACACGGUGGUCCUGAUCAGCAUCUGGUCACAUUUCAGCACUUUCCCGGUGCAAGUGUACAUACGGCGCCUACGCCACAUCCGCAAGGCGGUGAUCCGACUGCUGAACCGAGAACCAGCGACUUUGGUGCUGAUCCGCACAGCCAACCUCCAGAAACUGGACCCCGAGUCCAGCUUGUUCAACAGCGACUGGUUCUCCCAACAGCUUGACAAAGUGCUCCGAGCCAUGUUUAAAGGUCUGAACGUCCAGCUGGUGGACGCCUGGGAGAUGACACUCGCCCACCAUCACCCUCAUCAGCUACACCCUCCACCUGACAUUAUAUCAAACAUGAUUAACUUCAUCCUAUCACACAUCUGUCCAGUGAGGAGAAAGAGAAGGCGGGGCUAAACUUCUCAAGCAGUAUGUUAAGGAACUGGUGAGACCUAGUCUUUGAGAUCAGCUCUUUGGCUAUCCAUUCAGCUAUUAUUUGCUUGUCUGUCUGGCUUUCAAAUAUUAAUAAUGAUUUUGCUGGCCUUAUUAUAAAUGCAAAAGCACCAUUCACCAACAGUGAAUGUAGCUCUUUUUAUUUUAUUGGCAAUAUCCUGACCCAACCCCAAGUGUUUAACAGGUGAAAACUAUUUGAACAUAUUUGCUUGUACUCCAAUCGGGGAUUUGAGUAGGGUUCGUUCAUCCAAAAAUUAAAAUCCUGACAUCAAUUACUCACCCUCAGUAAAUGAUGACAGGAUUUUCAUUUUUUGAUACACCAUUAAAAAACUAAUAAAUGAAGGCAACAACCUCAAGGCUGCAGUUGUAUUAAAUAAAGAUUAAAUUAUUUAUGUAUAAAACAGACGCCUGGGAGAAUAUAUGUAAAAUUAAAAUAGAGAAUUACAGAAGAAUAAUUACUUUUACAGAAGUUAUAUGCAAGUAUCAUGAACUAUGAGGGCAAGUACAACUCUUUAUGUGCCUUGGUAAACAGGGAUUGUGUUAGGACAAGUGUGGUCUACUUAUUCAAUGGAGGGCAGGUGUGGCCUAAUGGUUAGAGAGUUGGACUUGUAACCCGAAGGUCACAGGUUUGAGUCUCAGUGCUGGCAGGAGUUGUACGUGGGGGGUGAAUGAAAAGCACCCUCUUCCACCCUCAAUACCCUUGAGCAAGGCACUGAACCCCCAGUUGCUCCCCAUGCAGCUGGAUACAGCUGCCCACUGCUCAUUUGACCAUUUUGUUACAGUAGGAUUAUUGACAUUAGUAUUCAUUUAGUCUUUUAUGUCCUUGAUUAGUUUUAAUAUAAAUUCUCCCAUUCUGCAUUUACCUCUGAAAGAUCUAAAAAUGUGUACAUAGUAGUUCUGUCUGUUCUAUUUUAUGUAUCCAAAAAAGCAAUGUAAAAGACAUUUAUGCUCCAAAAAUGGUCAUUCAGAUUUUUUGGAAGAGUUGUUUACGAUCAGUUCAUGUGCCUUAUUUAAUAGCACUACCUGUUUGAUUAGUUUGUUCAAUUCCAUUUUAAUGUGGUUUACAGCUAUCUCCGUACUAGAGUUUCUACUGCAUUUUCUUUUUCUUUUUUUUUGCGCAGUGGCAAAGGAACUUCUUAAUUCUUCAUCCGUCAAGUGUUCACAAAUCACCAAAAUAAAUGAAUUCUCAAGCAUC